AUGUGUCCUAAUAGAAAUUUUAUUACUACUGCAUUAUUUCCUCCUGGAAAGACGUUAGUUUAUGAUUACAAUGGCGAUGUCAAGGCAGGGGUGAUGGAGUCAACACCAUACGCUUCUCAAUAUUCAAUCAAGGGAUAUUUUCACAUUACUUAUCACAGCAGUGAACCAAAUAUUUAUAUUGUAGCUCUUAAAAAUGCUACCACUGGUCGUCACAAUCGUAAAGCUGCACAUUUUGAGAAGACUUCAUUCUACACGCCCAUCCCUGAUACCGCCAAAGUUAUUGAAGACCCAUUUCUCAUUUUCCUCAAUGAAUCGGGAGAGCUCAAAGGAGUCAAAGUUUCUAAACACGAACCGGUCUGGUCUAAAAACAUGAAGUUUGCAUGGGCUUCAAUGCUUCAAUUGAAUCUGGCGAAUGCUUCAUUUGAAUCGCCCGAAAAAACUCAAAGUUAUAUAGCUUCAGAGAAAACAAUCCACGGAGAUUGUCUGACAACCUAUGAUAUUAAUCCCAUGUACCCAAGUUUUAACGAGACUAAAACUUGGGUUGUUACCAAAUUUUCAUCACCAAUAGAAUGCAGCAAAUUCAAAAUUCAUAUACUCGACUAUAUUACUACUCAUAAGUGUGAAUUUCCUGCAGAGAGAUUCACGGCAAUGCUUUUUAUUGUUGUGUCACAGAAAAUAUUGAACACUGUUAGCAGAAAUGUCUAUGAAAUUAGAAAAGGAGAUGAUAAUAAUCUUGUGCUAGCCAAAUUUCGUUGUCAUGGAGUAACUUAUUAUUUUCUAUCUCAUAAUGAAAUUGAUGCCUUCUAUAUGUUUACCAAUUCUACUUUCGUUUUGAAAAAAAUCGUACCAUCAACCGAGUUUUCAUGGACCGCAGCUAAUUUUGACAAUGUACCAUUCAUUACUGACUGGAGCUACCAAACACUAACAACUCAUUAUGCAGAAAACGCAGCUUUUGAUGACACUAAUGGCCGUCACGUUGUCAAUCAAACUGCUUUGAUGACUAAAAUCAAACAGCUCUUGAACGAUGCUGCUAAUUAUCUUGACGAGAGUUCAAUUGGCGUCAAAGAAUUCAACUGGCAAAGUAGCAAAAGCAUUAUCAAUAUACGCGAGCAUUUGAGCUAUGCCAAAAUUUCAUCGUACGAACAAAUUUUUGCUGAAAUUAAAAAUGCUACAACUCAUUAUGAAAACCUUAUCAAACGUUUGUUUUUGAGUCUUAUACCUCAAGUAGGAACUACCACGGCAAGUGUCUUUACUUGGAAUCUUAUAAAGAACAAAAAUGUCACUGAUGUUGAGGCAUUAGAAAUGUUGGCAAAACUUCCAUUUAACAUUAGAUAUCCUUCUGAAAAACUACUGAAUCAAUUAGAACCCAUGAUCACAGGGAAUGAAACUCUCUCUCCACAAGUCCAUGAUCCCGAAUACGAAAUGCAAUUUGCGUAUAUCUCAGCUAUGAAGAACGUCCGAGUAGGAAAAAUUUACGAGCUUUUGGCACGACUUGUCCGUGGCGACAUUCGACUUCCUCAAUAUCCAAACCAUAUCCGUUUAAUGGCCAUGUGGGCAAUUGCCGAAUCUGUUUCAACAAAGUACAAUCUUGUUUACGAAUUGUACUGGCCUAUUAUGUCUGAUUAUAAUCUUCCUAUAAACCUCCGUAUAACGGCUUAUGAAUAUCUCAUUAAAUUCGCAAAAUCGAUGACUGAUGUGUUCCGUAUUCACUGGUUUAUGGUUUACGAGAAAAGUGAGCAUUUGUACAACUUCCACUUUACAACAAUCAAUGGCCUUGCAAAUUCAUUUGACCCAUGUAACUUGAAACUGAAAGAAUACGCCACAGAAAUAUUACGUUACACCGGAGUUCAUGAACCAGUGUCCUAUGAUCUCUCGGCUAACUACAUGAUUGAAACAGUAGACGAAAGCGGAAAUGGACUCAGAACUAAGGUUUCUAUAAGCCGCGAUGAACGCAAUCGCGGAUCUAUUAUUAUAUACAUAAAGAACGUAGUUAUCGAUGGUCGUGAAGAAAUCAGCAACUGGGCUGUUUACUUACAUCUAGGAGGCAUGGAAAAUCUAUUGAAUUUAUUCGAAGGUAACACUUUACGAUUUACAGACACUAUUCAACGAACCUCGGUUUUCGAUGCUAUCAAAAAAGUCACAACUGCCAUAUCAUCGCUGAAAGAUUUCCAUAUGGACCUAGUUCUGCUUUACAGAGGACAAGCAGUAUUUUGUAGUAACUACAAUUAUUUGUCAUGGUUCAAAUUGACCAGUGACAUGGAUAAAAUAAUGAAUGCAUAUGACACUCCAUUGAACAACUCAGUGCUAAAUGACGGAAAUAAAAUAGAUUCUUAUCAUGUGUUUAGCAACAUGGUCGAACAUGAUUUGCCUAAUGAUUUGGGAAUACCGAUUGUUUUUGAAAGUCAAUCGUCAGCUGUUUACGCAUUGCAAGCACAGAAAAACCAGAGCAUUGGUAGUAACAAUGAUACUUCACCAAUAGAAUCAAUAAUCGAUCCUAAAGUUUGGUUUACCUACGUCGAUUCUGUAUCUACUUACAAUCCAAUAGCUGAUGCUUGGCACUCUGUCGAAAAAUUAUCAGUUUUUAAUGCUAACGUUUCCCUUGUCUUGAACCCAAAUGUAAAUCCUGUUAUUGAAUUUUUGAAACAUGUUUAUCUAAGAUACUGGGAUAUGAAACUUACCGGAGCUAAUAUAAUGAUGUACAAUAAGAAUAUCGUUUCUAUUAAAGAUUUUAACACUAAUAUUCCAUCGAGUGAAAUCUCAACUUAUAAUAAUGAAAAAGCUGUUACUGAAGAAAUUAAUACCAUCAACAAUUCAACUGAAUUUAACAUUCCGUACAAUGGAUUAAUGUACCAGAUAACGGCAUUUGAUUGCGAUAGUCAGUUUGAUGUAACAAUAAUCGAGAAAUGGCUAAAAACGAGUGAAUUUCUUGAAAACUACGAUCUUUCAAAGUUUCCGAUGUCACCCUCCAUCAAAGAUUGCGGUAAUGCGAUCAAGAUUUCACCAAUUCUACAAUAAUCCUCAUUGCGAUAUUAAUACCGUAUAUCUACAGUAAAAAAAAAUAAACUUUUGUAAAAACAAUAUCUUCUUAAGUAGUAAAUCAAUCAAAAUUAUCACACUAUCAAUUCCAUAUUUAAGUUGAAAAAGAAGUUUGUUGACGGAAGAAAAUCGAAAUUUAUUGGCAGUACUCGAAAACAAAGAUCAGCAUAUCUCAAGCUGAGUUCAGAUUUCUUAGAUUAAGAAAAUAAUUUUGAAUGUAGUCAUUAAAUUUUUGCACUAAAAAUAUUUAGAUUAAAAAUUUCUUAUAAGAAGAAAAUACAAUAUUUCUAAAAGUUAUUUUUUCUCUCAAUAUAUGUAAUGUAUCUUCGAUUAUUAAAUUAGAGAUACUCAUGCCGAAGAAUACGCCGCUAACUGGCUAGAGUCAGCCUCAUAAAAUUUUAUAUUAAAAUACAAUUCUUUCUGAUUGCUCAAACGAGUGGUUUAAUAUAAAUUGAAACAUUCAAUUUUAUAUUAAAACACUGAAUUUUAAGUAGAAUGAGCGGAGUAUAUUCCUACACGCGCAUUUAAUUAUUCCGUAUACACGCCCACAUAGCAAUCUUGUUCAAGGUUCGAGCAAUCCUGGUCUCAAGUUCGAUAGACGUUAGUGUCUUUUGUCACCUAUGAGUCUUGCUGCAGAUACUUGUGGCUAGAUUUCAAUAGCAGGUCUAGUGCAAGCCUUACACAAGAAAUUCGUGCCAAAUUAUAACUCAAUUCUGGAGGAAGACUAUAGUUGAAAAUAGUUGCGUAUGGCUUGCUCAAGAUCUGCUCA